AGAAGCUUUUAGGGUUUCCUCUUCCCUUCGUACAUAUCUUGCUCCGAUUGAUUUUCCAGUGAACCCUGUUUGUAAUCAGCUGUUGAAGUGAAUGUUUGGAUAUAGCUGUUGUGGUUUAGUAUCAUGUCCAGUAAUAUGGGAACAGAGCAUAUUGAUCUGGAGACAGAUACUUUUGGAGAAACGAAUUUGAUAGAGAUAGUAGGAUCAAAUGAUCAGCAUAUCUCAGUUUCAGACAUGGAACAAGAGCCUUUGGAAACAUCUGUCUCUGGUCCUUUGGCAUUCCGAUUUGAACCUGAGGAUGUCUCUUUUCAAUCCUCUAUGUUGGUUGAUACUCAGUCUUUGAUGCCUCAGUUGCAACUUCCUGUUGCACAUUCGUAUUCUGGAGAGAGUUCUGUAGCUGCAUGUAGUAUCCUUCCAGGGGCAGGGAAGCGUAAUUCACCACCAGAGUCUCAGUCGACUCUCGGUGGUUCUGCUGCUUCCGAGAAGUUAGAUGCACCAAAUAGGCGAGUAGAGCCAGUGCAUCACAGACCAUGGCUAGAACAAUUUUAUUCAGAAAGUAUUGAGCGGGGUCAUAUGCCGCCACCUGCUACUCUUUCUCCCAAGACGGAACAUCCACCAACGUCUGCUAAGAGAUCAAGGCAAAUGGAACCUGCUUCCCAAAAAUCUGGGAAGCAAGUGAUGAACAAGAAACAAUCAGGCCUGUCACAAGGGUCGGUGAAAACACAGAAUGAUGGUAACGAGUCUUUAAGAUCUAAAAUGAAGGAAUCAUUAGCAGCUGCCUUGGCUUUGGUUCACGAGCAUGAGGAAUCUCCGAAAGAGAAAAAGAAUUCAGAAACUGAAGAAGCAAGUGUUCCAGUAGCUGAAAGUAAUGAGCCUGCCUCAGCCGAUGGUACUAGUGUUACAGUAGCUGAAGACAUCACACCGGCAUUGUCAACAAGGGAUGAUAGUUUUGGGCAGAAGAAUGGCAAUGGAAGAAUUUUGUCGCAAGAGAGUUCUAAUGACACAAAGAUGAAUUAUGUUAAUCAAUCUGAUGUACAGAAAACUCAAUUUGACGAGGUUUUCCCCUGUGAUGAUGUUCGUUUUAGUGAUAGUAUUUUUUCUGGGGAUGAACUUUUACAGGGUAAUGGCCUCUCAUGGGUUUUGGAACCUGUUUCAGAUUUUGGGGAGAAUGAACCUCAAAAGUCGUUUGAGGAUCCAGAGCUCUUGGCAUCUAAAAUUGAGUUGGAACUUUUUAAGCUAUUUGGAGGUGUGAACAAGAAGUACAAAGAGAAGGGAAGGUCUCUCUUAUUCAAUUUGAAGGAUAAGAACAAUCCUGAGCUAAGAGAAAGUGUCAUGUCCGGAAAGAUAUCUCCAGAGAGAUUGUGUAAUAUGACAGCUGAGGAACUUGCUUCUAAGGAGCUUUCUCAGUGGCGACAAGCAAAAGCAGAAGAGAUGGCGGAGAUGGUUGUCCUGCGGGAUGCAGACAUUGAUGUCAGAAAUCUGGUGAGGAAAACGCAUAAAGGUGAGUUCCAGGUAGAAAUUGAUCCUGUUGAUAGUGGGACAGUGGAUGUCUCUGCUGAGAUUACCUCACAUAGUAAACCUCGAGCCAAAGCAAAAUCCGCGAAAUCAUCUACCAAAUCCACUUUAAAGAAAAAUGACUCGAAUGAUAAGAACAUAAAACUCAACCAGGGAACAUCAUCUGCUAUGACUCUGCCCCCAACAGAGGAGAUUGAUCCAAUGCAUGGUCUGUCAAUGGAUGAUGAGAUGAAGGAUGUGGGUUUUCUUCCUCCAAUUGUAUCGCUUGAUGAGUUCAUGGAAUCCCUGAACUCAGAACCUCCAUUUGGCAGUCCACAUGAGCAUCCUCCUGUAAAGGAAGAGCCUGAAUCUGAGAAGAGUGACUCUAAAGAUGGGGCACAUUCAAAAUCACCUUCAAGAUCUCCAAAACAGUCUCCAAAGGAACCCAGUGAGAGCGUCUCUUCUAAAACAGAACUCAAAAUGACUAAUGUAACUUCCCCAAAACCGGAUGCUGGUGUCAAACUCGACACUGAUGUCUCUAAAGCUGAAGAAAUACUUUUGGUUGAUAACAUUAAAGAGGACCGAAUAUGGGAUGGUAUACUGCAGCUUAGUGCUGCUUCCGUUGUCUCAGUCACUGGAAUUUUCAAGAGUGGUGAGAAAGCAAAGACAGGCGAGUGGCCAACAAUGGUGGAGGUAAAGGGUAGAGUGAGACUCAGCGCGUUUGGGAAGUUUGUAAAAGAGCUUCCGUUGUCUCGAAGCCGUGUCUUAAUGAGAUUAGGCUUCCCAGUAAUGAACGUGGUGUGCAAGGAUGGUAUCUCUCAGAGCCAACGUGAUAGUCUUUUUGAGGUUACUAAGUCGUACGUAGCUGACCAAAGAGUUGGCUAUGCAGAACCAACCUCAGGCGUUGAGCUUUACCUCUGUCCACCACGCGGUGAAAUACUUGAGUUGUUGAGCAAAAUCAUCUCCAAGGACCAUCUUGAUGAGGUCAAGUGUUCAGAGGAUAUCGGGUUGAUCGGUGUUGUUGUGUGGAGGCGUGCAGUUGUCGCGUCUCCUGGCUCACGACAUAAGCCUGGAUUCAAACGUCAGCAUUCUUCUUCUGGCGCUAAGAAGUCUGUGUUGGCUCCAGAAAACAAAAGGUCUAGUAGUGUGAAUGUUACGAAUCCACCGCCUGUUGUAAAUGUUGCAUCCAUGAGGAAUCAUGGUUUGGUUGGUUGUGAUGAUGGUGAUGAAGACGUGCCACCUGGAUUUGGGCCAGUUGCUGCGAAAGAUGAUGAUGAUUUGCCGGAAUUUAACUUCGGUUCCUCUAGUGGACCGGUUACUUCUUCUCCUCAACCACCGCCUCAGUCUCGGUCUAUGGAUCAAGUAAGGGAGCUCAUUCUUAAAUAUGGAAAUUCAGCAGGUAGUGGUAGUAAACGACCAUGGGAUGGUCAUGAGGAUGAUGACGACGAUGACAUUCCUGAAUGGCAACCGCAAGUCACAGGCCACCAAGUUCAACUGCCACCACCUCCUAACUUGAGUCCUCAAUUAUAUAGCAGAGCCAUGGCUAGACCACCAGCACAACAACAACCUGUUGCGGGACCACCGAGUGGAUGGAAGGCCAGUCAAAACGCACCUAGGCAACAACAGUACAGUGCACGUAGGAACAGAGGAUUUUGAUCUUUGUGAAAGCGUUUGUGUAAUUAAAGUUUGUUAGGUGU